CACCAUCUCUCAACGUGACGUUUCGAUAGUUUUACUCGCAGCAGCAUUUGGUGAAUAUUUAUUCCCAAAACAGUCCCUUAUUUAUUCUAUUGUGAGACUGUAUAAUACCCCACACUCUACGCCAUUUUGCAUUGGCAUACGUGGGCUGUUACAUUUUCCUUAUGAUACCAGGUCAAAGAAGUCAGUUGAAAACAUCAGCAAAAUUAUAAAUUGGGCUUUUACGAACCCUAGAAUAGAAUUGGAAAACCAAACACUGGAGCACGGAUAUGAAGGCCGCACGCGGAAUAGAUUAUCGAAAAUGAGCAUAUAUAUCGGGGAAACCGUCUGUGAUAUUCACUUCUCGUCCGGCUCUCGUACAGAGGAACAACAAAACCUAUUUUCGUGUUUAACGAAUGGUCGAUCGGGGACUGCAGUAAGAGCUAUUUCUUUAGCGAAUUGAAUCGGCAGAGAUGUGGCAUAUAAUCCUCCUCCUCGGAGCCUUCUCUGUGGAUUAUAUAGCAGCAAAGGAAACUCAACAUGGGAACUAUCUCUUGGACAUUGACGAUGGAAUUCUACGGAGCAUAAAAGCUACAGGUGACUCACUCCAUCUUGACCUGUCCGGUCUGAAGCUGAAAAAAAUUGAGGGAAAAGCCUUUGAUAAUUUAUCAGAAGUACAAAGAUUGAAUCUCAAUAAUAAUGAACUCGAGGAUCUUCCGGCUUCGAUUUUCUCCAAAAUGACUCAACUAGAAACUUUGUCGCUGGCUGACAAUAAAAUUUCUCAAUUGGAAAAAAAUACUUUUGAAGGAUUAGACAAAUUAAAAGGUCUCAAUGUCUCAAAUAACUCGUUGAGACAUUUAGAAGAUGGAGUUUUUUAUGGGCUCACAAACUCUGUGGACAUCAUAGCAGAAGGGAAUGCAUUAUACAGUAUUUCAACACGUGUUUUCAUGGAUCCAGCUAGUCGCGAGCCAUAUAUGAAAAGGAUGGAACCGCCGCGUCGGACUGAGCUACCAGAGGAGCCUGCAACAACUGAAAUUCCCCCAGUGUUGGAUGCCAAUAUACUAGUAAAAAUCUGUAAAACGAUUGAUGGCAUCGUGAAUUCAGUUGAGGAACUGAAGAAGGAUGACGCACUUGGUGAUUGCACAUCUGCCGUUGUCAACCACGAAGAACGGGAGUUAAGUCUUUCAGGUUUAGGCCUUAAAAAAUUCCAAAAAGGCUGGUACAAAUUGUCAGCAUUUCCUUUCACUUCAAUCGACCUCAGCAACAACGACAUAACUGAGAUCACACCGGAGUUGCUGAACGACUUAUCAAAGGGGUUGACUGAAGUUUAUCUCAGGAACAACAAAAUCCAAACUAUUAAGAAAAACGUUAUCGAGAACCAGCAUCUGAAGACUCUUGUCAUCGCAUACAACUUUAUUUCUACAAUUGAGGAAGGGGCUCUAGAAAAAACAACACUGACAAAUCUAGCUGCCUCAGGAAACCGUUUGAAGAGUCUAUUUUUCGCUAAAACGUUGCCAUCUACCCUUCAAGUUUUGACAGCUAGUGAAAAUGCAAUUGUCGAAAUUCCUGAUGACUCCAUGAAGAAUUUAAAGAAUCUCCUUUAUAUCAAUCUUUCAUAUAAUAAUAUGACCGAUCUACCAGUGAAUGCUCUUCGAGGUCUGAAGAAAGUAAAUACUAUUGAUUUUUCCUACAAUCAAUUGCGAGAAAUUCAUCCUGGAACAUUCGAAGACCAAGAAAAAUUGGUCACUCUUCACCUAGAUUUCAACCGCAUCGCCGAGGUGAAUUCCGGAUCUUUCAGGGGCUUGAACGUGGUAAAAUCAAUUUACCUCAAUAACAACAAAAUUAAAAAAAUCGCCAAAGAUUCUUUCUCGGAUUUGAAGGAAAAACUGGGAUAUUUUAUAUAUCUCUAUGAAAAUGAGAUCGAUACUAUUGAAGAAGGAAGUUUCACAGAUGUGGCAGUGUUGAAUCUGUUUCUACAAGAUAACAAAAUUUCCACAAUUCCACCGGGUGCGUUCAAUGCAUCUAUGCUUACGAGUCUUUAUUUGGAAAAUAAUCAAUUUACAACAAUUGACGGAGAUUCAUUUUCUGGUAUGCCGCAUUUAUUGACCCUUAGGUUGAGGGGGAACAAAAUAACAAACAUCAAGAAGGGCGCAGCUAAGAAUCUGGGAAAUCUGCAGGAGCUCGAUAUAUCUAGCAAUCCGCUGGAGCGUCUUGAGAAUGGCGCGCUAUAUGGAUUGGGAAUACAGACUGGUUUUGUAUCCAUUGUUGAUACGCCUAUCAAAAUCAUCCAAGGCGGAGCAUUUGCAGAUGUUUAGAAUUCAUCGAUCCCAUUUGGCUGCAGAAUGAAAGAAUGUUACAUGUUAAAUUUUUGAGUCGCAGUUCUAUGAUGAUGUACGACAUUGUUCAGCUUUGAGAGAUUGUGUCAAAAUAUAAAAUCUCAUUCGCGACAAGCUAAA